UCUUCCUCCUCUCUACCUUCCCUCUUCCUUAUUUCCUCUCGCCGUAUCCCACCUCUCCAAAUUUCCAUGCGAACGAGAUCGAGAUCGAGGGAGAAGAACUCGAGCGGGCAGUUGAAGCCGGGCCAUGGGAGUUUUGCUGUAACCGGAGUCGAGGGCGUGUGAUCAGGGGCUGAAGGAACAUAUCGACGCCAGAGAUUAGCAACUGGACUGGAACUUCAGUCCUCCUCAUUAGGAUUUGUCUAACAUGCCACGCCCACUGAAUGCAGAAGAGGAAGAACCCAAUACGGAGGUUCCCCAAGAGGAUUUGUCUAACAUGCCACGCCCACUGAAUGCAGAAGAGGAAGAACCCAAUACGGAGGUUCCCCAAGAGGAUUUGUCUAACAUGCCAUGCCCACUGAAUGCAGAAGAGGAAGAACCCGAUACGGAGGUUCCCCAAGGGGAAAUGCCGAGAGCAUUGGAUCCACUUUCAGUUGUUGAGGUUCUGCCUAAUAACAAGCGGAAGUCUAACUUCUGCGAGAAUGAGUACGUUGGAGACACGAGAGGAUCAAGGCGCAGUUUGCUGGGGUAGGAUCAAGAAGCACCAGAGGUGCUGAAGGGUGAAAGAGCAGUGGAAUCGAGCAAGAGACAAGGCAAUGAUGAAGGUUCAUCCAACCUCACACAGAGUUUGCAUCAGCCCUUGACUGUGGGCAGUGAAGUUGCUCGGUGUAAGACUUCAUUUGUUGCCAUGCCGUACCUGAGCUAUGGUGCAGGUUCGUCAGCCUUUCUUCCAUCGGCUGAGACGAAUUUUCCCAAUCAGUCUGGUUCUGCUUUAACCAACAUACCACGCCCGCUGAAUGCCAAAGAGGGAGAACUCAAUACAGAGGUUCCACAUGGUGCGAGAACGCAUCUUGGACUGGCUAAGAGUCAACGAGGUACCCGUGGGCUUGCCGACGCGAAUAUGACGUCUCUCAAAAGAAAGCUGGAAGAACUCAUCAGCAGUCGCCGAGCGGACAUGAACGAGCUGAAGUCAAGUGGACGAGGACAGAAGAAGAAUAUGGGAGUGUGGUUCGGGCAAUCAGAGAAGGAAUAUCUUUUCCACCGGAGAAAGUAGCAGAGGUGGAAGGGCUGUGCAAAGAAGUCGAACAGAUUCUUUUAGUUCCAGGAAGAUUUCGGCAAGAGGCGACGGUUAGAUGUCGCAAAACAUCUCCCUCGGUGACAAUAGAAGAAUUAGUAGGCAAAGAAACUCUGCAGAAGGUGGAUGAGAUUGUUUGCUUUAUAAUGCAGAGCAAGGAUUUCGUAAUUGGUGUUUAUGGUAUGGGCGGAGUGGGCAAGACGGCCAUUUUGAGGAAUGUCUAUAAUAGACUCCUUGAGUAUCGUGCAUUGGAUGUAUUCUGGGUUGAUGUACCUCAGAUUUUAGUGUUUAUGCGCUACAAGAAGCGAUUGCCAAUGCAGUCGGACUAGACAAUCUUUCAAAUGAGAAGGACUUGAAAAGAAGGGCGGGCCUAUUGUGUGGACAUCUGAAGGUGAAGAAGAGACCCAUCCUUAUUUUAGAUGGCCUUUGGAUGCACUUUGAAGUUAAGGAUGUGGGUAUUCCGGUUGGAAUGGGCAGACUACAGUUGGUAGUGACAACUCGAUCACUAGAUGUGUGUCGUAUGAUGCUCUGUCAAAAGCAAUGAAGAUAGAACU